UGGCAGUGUGUGCCCGGUGCUAUGUCAGAGCUCAACAAUAGGUUUUUAACAACAUUUUUUUUAAUCUGAUUUCUGAAUAAAAUAAUUGUAUUGUUAAGGAUUUUUUUUACUGAUCAACGUUUUUCAAAUCGAACAACACCGCGGCCAAAAUCUACUUACAAUAUUAUUAAUUUAUACAAGCGACGGCCGACCGAUUUGUACGCGACGACAAUUUGAUAACACUUUGUGAUGAACACAUUAUCUGAAACAGACAUUAUCGAUGAAUCUCCUAAUGUUCCUAAAAACACCCAAAUGGCGAAUGAUAACGAGUUAAUUUUAUCGCCGAAAAAACAUCUGGUUUGUUUCGCGACUGUCAGAGGGGAUUGUAUUGUAUCGAAAAACGGUGCUUCGUACGCUGGAAUUAAAGAGUGCUUGUUUAGUGAACGAAUGGUUGAAAACAAAGAAGAGCCAACCAUAAAUCAAACUAUUGAAUCUCCAGUUCCUGAUUCUGAUAUCGACAGUGGAAUGGAAUCGUCAGCGUCUAGCUGGGAUAGGUCAGUCAACGAAGUAAAAGAACAUGCAUUUGCUAGGCUCGAAGAAGAGUUGCGAAAAGCAAACGAAACACUUAAACUAAGAGAUGAAGAGGUGUCGCGUUUAAACAGAAUACGAUCAGAUGUUGAAUCCGAACUGCAAGAGUUAACAGCUAGUUUGUUUCAAGAAGCUCACAGUAUGGUUAAAGAGGCAAACUUGCGACAAGCAGCCGCUACAAGAGCUUUAAAAGAGUCUUCGAUGAAAGUGGAUGUAUUGUCUGCUGAAGUAGCAGCUUUAAAGACACUGGUCUUAACAUCUACACCGAGUCAUCCUAAUUUAUCUAGAGAGGACAGCGUCUCAUUACCAGGUGGGUUAAGCGGUGUUGGUUUAUUCUACCGAAAACAUAAGAGAUCUCCUUCGCAUAAUAGUUUGAAGUAUGGACGAGAAAACUCACCACCCGAUUCUCCCUUGAAACAAAAACCUAACCAGUCGGCUACAGACAGUGAAAACUCGAAUACAGUUGAAUGCGGCGAAGUUGAUCCAAAUGUACAUCGAGAAUUUGUUUUAUGGAUGAAAUCGCCAACCUUGGAUAAAUCGGAUGCUUUCAUCAGUAGAAUAUACAGAGAGGAUAUUGAUCAGUGUUUAGAGUUUAAUAACUCCACAUUAGCCAUGGACGUGAGGCAGGCAAUAGAAACUGGCAAUCUUUUCAUUGAAUCUAUGGACAAAAGCAAAGCCCAUUUUCCCAAAAAAUGUGCCCUGAUGGAAUUACCAUUACAGUGUUUGUAUAGAAUGAAUUUGGGAGGAGCAAACGGCGAUUGGUACUGUAUAUCCAAAAUUUGCCGAAAUAAAAUAACUGCUGUAUGCGAUUUCCUCAACUACCUCAAGUAUAUUCAGAGGGGACUAGUUAAAAGUCCAGAAAACGAUAUGUACUGGGAAAUCAUUAAGCUACGAAAACAAAUGAUGAUGGCCAAAUUAGGAUUGGCCUUGUAACCGUAAGCUAAGUUUUCUAAAGUACUUUAUGUCAAACCAAAGUCUUAAUAAAUUGUACGUUUUAUCUAAGAUUAUGUCUUUCAAUCCUAUGUGAUUAUUUCAAUUUUCAAGUGUGAUUAAUUUGUGUUUAAAACUAUUUUGUGCUAACUAUAUUAUGAAAAGUAUUAAUUCUUUAAACUCAAGUUCAAAUUUGACUGUAAUCAUUAUUGUGUAUAUUACAUUAAUGUUAUAGACAAAUAUAAUAAGGAAAAACGGCUGUCAAUGUACGGCGCCCACCUAUCUAAAAAUAAAUGCAGCUAUGUGUAAUAUGGAAUUUAACUUUAGGUUUAUGUUACUUACUUAAAAUUGAUCUUGCCAAAUGGAAAAUGAUUAUAUUUCGCUCUUAAGAGUGUUUAAAUAAAUAUUUAUGAACAAAUCCAAUGAAUAUGUUCUAUAUACUAUUGUAUAUUAUAAAUAUUUUAUUAAAAAUACAAUUACCUAUAUUAUAUUAAAUUUUAAAUAUGAUCUGUUGUGAUGUUUUCUAAAUUUUAUUUAUGUUUUAAGAGUAUAUUUUUACGUGACUCUAUUAUUGUAUACUAUGACCAAUUGAAAUUUUUAUAACGAAAAUAAUAAUUUAUAAUUGUUUUUAAGAUGUUCAAUCUAACUUUUUGAUUGUUUGAAAUUACAUACUUCCAAAAAAAAGUUGUCUA